CCGAACCAGCGCCAGAUGGAAAAGUCUAUAAAAGGAACCAACACGACGCGCUUUUCCAACAUUCUGCCAGUGAACUGUGGCCGUGCAAGACGCCGUGUGUGAGAUCGAAAGUCACGAAACCAAAGGGAACACUAUCAGUGCAGAAACAGAAAUAAAAACAACAAAAAAAAACAUUGAAGCGCUUUCUCUCGCUCGCUCUCUCUCUACACACAAAAGACAGAAGUGGUUUGUGGUUGAUUUGCCGUGGCAGUGGAUCAACUUGUUGUUUGAUCUUCAACGAAGUGAGCGUCCCGAAGUACGAACCAUUUCACCGACCGUUUCGUCGUCGUCGUCGUGUUCGCGCACGCACAUUUGUGCGUCAACAUUGCAGUGUGCGAUUCCGGAGUUUCGGCGUGGGUGUGUUGCAGGACGCAAAGCAAGCACCCGAAAACACCUACGCACAAAGGUAGCCCGUGUGGACCGUCACCAGGCCACAAUACCACGUAUACGUGUAGUUGAGUCGAAACACGGACCAGGUCAGUCAGUUCCCGACGCUCGGCAGGAUCAGACGCACGGAACGAUCCCACCAACAACAAAAAGCGGCCCAACAACGGGAAGAUAAAUUGUGCGUACAUAUAUUUGUGUGCGCGUGUGUGUGGUCACACUUGUGAAUAAUAAAGUGAGUGAUAUAAGAGACACACAAUUAUAACAGUGGAGAAAUUAAAACAAUUUACUGAAACAUUAAGCAGAGUCAUUCCAGUGUGAUAAACGACAUCAAAACACAGUUUCGGUGCGUGUGUUUAGGUUCCUAGCUGUGUUCCUAGCUCGAAACACUAUCCAAUACAGCAUCAACUCAAGCCAUUGGGCGACUCAUUAGUUGCAUCCUAAUUUGGACACGAUCGAGACAAACAUCUUUGCUGGAACAAUGAUCAAUUCAAUGAUGCUGAUGUGGGCCGUAGCACUCUGCGGUCUAAUAACGCUAGGAAAGGCUGCCUCUUCACUGCCUGGUAGCAACAGCGGCAUAAGUAGCAGUAGCAGUAGUAGUAGUGGUAAUAGUGGCAGCAGCAGUAGUAGUAACAGCUUCCCAGUGUUUGGCACUAAACGAUACGCUCGCUCAAACUUGCUUCCCUCGAGCGAGUACGGUGGACAGGGUCUUUCACUUCCGGUGUAUCACUUGCCAAACGCUCGGUACUAUGACGCACAGGUACCAGCUCAAUACUUCCCGUAUGCACCGUACCAACCACCAUCCAGUAACGAUUACUAUGACGAUGCCGGAUACUACGGAGACACUGGUAAAAGCUACUACUAUCUGCCACAACCGCAACACCGCCGGUAUCAACGUAAUAACGAGCGCUACACAUCGUACGGGCUGCCCACUUAUCGGGGCGAAUACAAACCGACACCUUACUACUACGCACACGGACCUAGCUACAGCUACUCGGAUGAUCACGAGUCAAGCAAUCCGCUCGACGAUCUGCACGAGGAGAUGCUGCAGGAAGAUGAGCGGGAACGGGCGCGUGAUUACUAUCCCGUCGGUCAGGAGCAAUGGUACGAAAGUCCGUCACGUCAAGAUUCGGCCUUCCUGCGCAAUCUCAUCCUGUACAAUAGCCAGCUGCAGAACUUUGGACGUGGUAGACAACUUCCCCCGAUGGACGUGUCGAAUGAGGAAGACUUUGAAGAGUACGAUGAUACUGAGCCAGAUUAUGAGUACGAUGUGCCGAUCGCGGACACCCGUCCCAGCUAUGGUAAUUUCUUCGGCAAUGGAUACCGAACUGAGAGUUUACCUAACUACGGACCGACGGGAGCAGGAGCGUCCCCUAGUCGGAAUACAUUUAGCAAACUGAACAGCUUCCGCAACAGCAUGGCGAAGAAUCAAAUCGACGAGGACGAUGAGGAAGUGGCGGAACUGAAGUCACUCAUACACCAGCAGAAGAAUAGCCAGCGACUACCACCCAUGUUGAUGGACAAGAUGGCCCCUUUCGUGCUGAAGCAACAACAGUACCCGGCUGCGCCGAAGCCACCCCAACAUCAACCCAAUCAGCAGCCCCAGCAAGUACAUCAGAGACAAUCGAAACAGCAGUACCAGCAGCUGCAACCACAGCAACAAACACAACAGCGACAGAAGGAACUGCAGCAGCAACAACAGCAACAACUUCUGCUUCAACAACAGCAGCAACAACAAUUGGAAGCUCAACAGCAACUGCAGAAGGAACAAAAGCAGCAACAGCUGCUCCGAACACUUUCCUCCGACUAUCAACCAACGUACGAGACGGACAACUGGCCGAAGGAUAGCCCGAGCUACAAUGCGUACGAUUACGAUGCCGACGAGUACGACGAUUCCUGGAGCCACUGGGAUCGCAAACGCAACGUUCAGCCGAAGAAGGCCACCUUCUCGACUACCACCACCAAAACGACGACACAAACAACGGCGAAACCCCCGAAGAAGGUCACACCCAGCACAACCGCAGCGCCGGUGCCGGUGAAACCUGCCACACCCUCGACGAAACCGGGCAACGGCCAGAAGGAGGUCGUUCUGCCAAGACCCACCAACCCAAGAAAUCUCUUCGCCGCCAAUCUGAUUCAGGCCGUCGACGAGACGCGAAUGCAGUUAGGUUCGGCGAAGGUUGCCGAUGGUUCCAAGCAGAAAGAGCCCAAAUCCAGCAAGAUCUACGAUGCGCUCAGGGCUAUGAUCAACAUGAAACACGAUCUGGAGGAUGCGGACCUUCGCCAGCAGCUAGAAGAUCAGAAGCAGCUUGCACACAUUCACAAGCGAUUCGUUUCGAACGAGGAAUCGCUCGUACAGCAACUGGAUGGGUUGAAGCGGUCGGCUUAAAUGAAUCCACCCGUAUAAACGCACCGCAUCGAUGUACUAAGUGAGUUCUGUUGUUAUAUUUUUGUUUUGUCAAGGGUUUUUUUCUCAUUUAAAUCGAUUAAUUUCCUCAUCGGUCAAGAGUUUAACUGCUGCUCAAAAAACAUCUAAGCUACAUUUUUAAAUUGAGUAACAACAGAAAAUGUUGACAGAUUCUGAAUAUCAUUAUUUACAAACUAAACAGUAAAGAAUCGAAGGUAACUGUAGUAGAAAGCAACAAAUCUCUUUUUAUUAGUUUCAAAAUGAUAACGUGGAUAUAGCUGAUGGAGGAUAAAAAGAAAACAAAAAAAUGGUUGAGACUGAAAUCUUGUAUAUAUGGAGUAGCAAAUAAAACACUAUACAGGCUGCAAACAGCCAAUUAUACCAAGUUCGCAAAGCGAACACCAGGCAGCGCUAGUCAAGGUAGGAGAUAGAUUCUUGUUAUACAUAUUUAUACAGACCGCGAUGUGAUUGAAGAAGGUGUUUUUGGAAGCAGACACUGUAAAACCGAGUAAAAUGAACUAUCCCAAAAAUAAAAACAAAGGCAUAGUGAUGAAGCAAGUGCAAAAAAGUGACCAUACCACUCCGCGCAAACCCGCUGUGACGGCUAGCAACUGUGUAAGUUGGGAUUAACAGUACCUACCCCCCUCAAAAAAAAGGGACACGGACUGGGAUCGUUACUUUUGAGCUACUUUCCUUUCUGUUCGUUUACUCUGUCUCUCUUCUCUCUUGUCUUCUUUAUUGCUAAUGCCUUUCUUUGUGCAAUCGAUUCUUCGCACUUGAUGUUCUAGCGAAACAAUGUCAAUUCACCUUUACUUUCCAUUUUUGCUGAUGUGGAGGUUGAGUUUAGUUUGCUAGUAGUAUGCUUUACAGCAAGAACAGAAAAUAUAAAACAGCUCAAAAUAAAAGUAAGGGAUAAAGAACGGGCAUGUUACAGCUGCUGGGUUUUUUUUCUCCAUUACUGUAAAAAAAAACGAGAAGAUCAGCAGUGGCAACCUUCCUGGGAAGUGCAAAUGCUCGUUAUAUCAAAGCAAAUGAUAACAAACAUUCCAAAUAGGAGCAAAUAAAAACACAAACAAUCGCAACGUGCGUGUUCCAAGAUGGAGCAGGUGGAAAAUGAUACACUUGGAACUGAAGGCAACACAUUCUAAUGUAAGCGGGAAGGUAUCCCAUUUCCCCGAAUUGAUUCUCCAGUAACGUACGAAAAAGGUGACGCACACUUGGUGGCAAAGUCCCUUCCAAAUGGCAGCUAGCGCCCUAAGCAAACAAAAACUCGAAAGCAUCCAACGUCGGCUCCAAACACACACACACACCAAAAAACGCAACAUGCGUACGGUUGCGUGUGCCAGCCAGGGAACGUAAUCGUCAUAACACGAUCAUGACCUCCAUUGUGUUGGUACGCUUAGCUACGUAAACGAUGAAGCUUAGCUACCGGCCGAAUCGACUGUCACACGCUGCCGUGCCCGUAGGUGCGGUGUGCAACAGGAGAAGGACGAGUAACGAUGUAAUAGAUAAUAUAUAAAUAUAGAAAUAAAACAGAGAACUUAUUGUACGGGCAGUUCAUAUGGAAACGUAUGAAGCACUAAAACGGUAUUAGUCACUAAAGCAAACAAAAGGGAGAAAACAAAUAACUAACCGGUCUACUUAUGGAUGUUUAAGCAACUCAAAAACAAAAAAAAACACACACACGCUCAUAAUGCCAUACAGAGUACUAUAUAGGCACAAUUGCCAUUUCCGUUUAAUUCUCCCGAAAGCACUCUAAAAUCAGCCUGAAGUAAGCAGAAGCCUCGGAUAAGGGGCGAAGGAAAAACAGAACUAUUUAUUUACAAUUUGCAAAGCAUAUUUCAAAGAUAAAGAUAUCAUGUAAAUUUGUGAAUUUAGCACUACCUAUAUGACAAAACAGAAAACCAAUAUGUACAGAUGUAAAUAGUACAGAAAACAAUGAAACGCACAGUAUAAACGAAUCAAGAGCUUUCAAAAAUCGGUCUCAAAUCUAAAUAAGCUGCAUCUUUUUGCAUUGUUUGCAGUGCAGUGCAAAUUUUCGUUAUCGUUUUCUUUUCUUUUCCAUUUUGCGCUAAUGUUUAACUGCUUGUUCAAUUUUCUUGCACUGAAAAAAAAAGUUCUUGGCUUUCUGCCACAUUUCGUUGCCCUUUGAAGCAAGCACAAUAUAUGUACAUAUAAAGAAACAAUACAUUACAAGCAAGCCUUAUUCGUCUUGGGUACCUAAUCAACAAUCAUGCUAUCAAACCACCAAACAUUUACCAAUAAGCUUAUUGCGCGUGCACUAAUUAAGUAAAGCACACUGUCCAACACAAGGGUUACGAUAAACGUUUUCCGCACACACACACAUACACACACUUUCUUGCACACUUUUCUGCCAUGUGCUGCAAAUACUAAUUGGUUGAAGCUUAUUCGCCACGCUUUAGAUGAAUGUGUUUCGUACGUUUAGCACACGAAAACAAAGCGCACAACUUAACAGUGAUUGCAAAAUGGGCGGGGAAAAGCGUUACCAAAAACAAAAACAACCUUGCAUAACGUAACAUCAAACAUAACAGAGAACAUGGACUGCAUGUAGCUAUUAACAAAUCUAUUAAAGAAAGUGUUUUAAAUACUUAAAUGAACAACAACUAGCUGCAUCGUGAACAAUGGGUGCAGUAUUGGAAGAGGAGAAGAAAACAUAAUUGGGGAAACAAGUGAAGCUUUAAAGGAUAACGCACACACACCCGCAAAAAACCGAUAAAUGAUUAUUGUAUUAGUUUGCUUCUUCAGGUAUAAAAUUAAGCUUAACUGCUUUUGCUUACUGUGGGUCAAUAAGCAACCGGUCACGAUGUGUACUGAAAAUUCAAACUUUACUUACAAAGAAAAAUGCUUUUCUUAAGCAUGUAUACUGCUUUCCAUGUUCAUCUACUACCAGCAGCUCGUCACCUAGAAAUAAGACCAUGUUCGAUUUUUCUUUUCUUACCAGCAAAACAAAAAAAACGGGGGAAUUCACUUCACUUUAACGUUCAUCCAAUUUCCUAGUCUUAUAUACCCCAAAAAGGGUAUAAGGAUGGAAAUGGAGUAAUUAUAGUUCGCUUUAAGCACGCAAGAGCAAAGUUCAACCAGCACGCUAUAUUAUGCCGACGGUGAUGCUUUCUUUUGCUGGCUCCCUCUGCGGUAGUAGCCAUUUCCAUCGACUUCGAUCUUGCUUGCUUGACCCGCAAAUUGUACCGAAAAUAGCCAAGGGCCAAAAAUAGUUUAAUCAACAAUCGCUUCGCUUUGGCGCUUUUCGCUGUUACACAAUUUUUUCGUAACUCUCUCGCAACCAAAAGCUAACGUUGGUAACCGCAACGAAAGACAUUUGCAAGCGAAAGCUAAAAUUACUUACACGCUACGAUAGAUCGCAAGAAGUACCUAAAAGGGAAAUUUGGUUAUAAAUAUACCGUAACAGAAAGGAAAUAAAAUAGUAUGCGUAAGAUGCAUUUUAAUUCAAUUAGCAAACAAAACGUUUUUAAACCAAUUGCAAUACCUGAUGCUCGAAGUAUUUUGAAGAAUAGAUGUUCUGCUUUGAAGCCGCCACAUACAAAAGAGGAAUUGCCACUUCAAUGGCUUAUGCACCAGGGACAGCAUCAAGUGCCAAACCGAUGUAUCUUUGCUUUCUUGUACCACAAUUCAAGCACAAUUCCAUAAAUAUCCGACGUAAAUUAACUGAGUCGCGACGACACAAACUAAAAACAGAGUGAAAAAACUAUUAUUCAACAACCACUCCACAAUUCGCAAACAGCAACAAAAGGCUGUCGAUCGGUAAUAGAACCCGUGCAGCAAAAACCAAAUCAAUCAUAAACGAAGCCAAACGUUGAAUGUGAAGCAAUGGAAGAAAAUGUUCCCUACGGGAAGAUUUUGUUUGCCACUGUCGGGAAUAGAGUUCUUGUGAUCGAAUCGUUUGCCCCCCCCGGAGGGCGAGUCCACGGUAACGGCGGUCGGUACCGAAGGCGGUUUCGGUUGGCAUCAGGCCAAAAGCGAGCACCCAUUCUGUGUUGCUUCCAGUCUGCCGGAAGCUUGUGAGUACAUUCACCCCCAGAAACGGCGGAGGGGGGCUAAAGAACGUCGACAUGCCGACGGCUGCCACGGACUAGUUUAUCAAAACUGCAUGGACUCGGGGAUGAUAUACAGGAACCACAUCCUUGUGCCAUGCGCGCUGAAACGGAGGCAUUUGAAGACGAUUUCGAUCACGACAAACCUAUUUGCCGGCUUCGGUACAAACAGAAAUGACCUAAACAUUCUUCCCGGAGCGGUAUGAUAAUUUUCAUUUCAGCUAAGAACAAACACAAAAUAUUCUCCAAAAAUUCGUUCCUUCAAGGGAGGAUGUGGGAAUAAAAAGCAGGGAAAAAGAAAUUGCUAGACCAAAAAUAUCUCCCAAAGCGUUUUCGUUGCCUUUUCAAUUUUUUUUUCUCGUAUCAAAAAGGGUUAUGGAUGAAAUUUGUAGUAUCAAGCAUUUAAGAGGUUCUACCUUUGGGGAUAAGGGUUGAUAACACAAAAACAUAACCAAACCACAGAUAACAAUAUUCCAGGAAAGCAAAUAUAUAAAAAAAAUCCAAAGCUUCAGUGCGAGUUCCAGCCUCGGGACCGGAGGGAUAAUUGAAAAUUCCUUAUUUUUAUGUGUAAAAAAUGAAAAACCCCAAAUGUUUGCCCACUAUGAGGAGGAAAACGCAUUUCAAAAUAGAAGGAGAGGGAGAGAGAUAGUGAGAGUGUGUACAUGUGCAAGUAAGUUAAGUAGGGUGAAAGGAUUAGUAAAUGGAUUAGAACAAUAGCCGUGCAUGGAAACCGGAAAAACCCAGAAGGAUCACAUACACAAAUUUGACAAUAAAUAUUGAAUCGUUUAAAAAAAACAAACAAACUAUUUGUCACUAGGUAAUACUGAGUGUGUGGAAGAGAUAAUUGAUGCGAGAUAAGAGAGAGAGAUAGAGAGAAAGACAGACAGAGCUGAUACAGAUAAGAAGCUGUCGUUAAUACAAUUUUAUUCAAUAAUUUCUUUACUAACUUUUUCACUUUUUAAAUAACUAUUUAGCUAUGUAAACUGCAAAGGUUUUUAAAAUCAAAAUGCAUUACUUUCAAUGUUUCACUUCGUUCUUUAUGCUGAGCUAAGCAUAAUUUAUUUCCUUUUUUUUGCAAACUUAAUAAAGGAACAAUCUCAAAUGCAAACGCAACUUCAACGCUACAAAAAAACAGAGAUACUUGAAAUAGUGCCAACUUUUCUAAUCAUAACACACAAAUAUGCAUGUUUUUUCACGGAUGCUAACAAAAAAAAACGAACGAUGUAAAUCAAAUGGCUGUAAAUGGGGCGUAAGCAGGAGUGAACUAGAAUUAACAGACAGAGUGUAUAAGUUCUACAUAUAUAUAUUAAUACGUGUAUAUUUUUUGUAUUCUCUCCAUUGCGUACUAAACGAAUUAUUCCCAACAUAAUUGCUAACACAGCAACCUAAUCUCAUCUCAAGCAUAUUUCAGUCGACGAAAAGGGAUUAAUUUGCAAGAGAUAGGAUUAUGUUAUGAUGAUAAACAAACAGAACAAAACAGAAAAAAACAUCGGAUAAUAUUUCAAUCAACAAAAUGAAUGUAUGGUACCGGUUCAAUAAAACAAAUGAUAAAAAAAAUCUUUCAUUCAUCGAACAGUAAACAAAAUAUCAGCACAAAACUACAGAACAUAAAAUACGCUAAAUAAAUACAAAGCAAACACUUCACAAAAAGAACACAAACCGUACAGUACACGAUGCUACAAUCUAGUGUAAGGCGUCCGUGUAAGGAAUGAUUUUGUCCUAACAGUCGUAAGAUGAGUGCAGAACAUUAUACAUACAUUUCUGUCUAUAUGAUGAGAACAAAUAAUAAGGAUUAAAGUAAAUCUAACAGAAAAAAAGAGCAGAUAAAAAGUGGAAUAAAACGAUGCAAAAGAUACUGAGAGCUAAAAAUGUAAUUUUAAGCAAAACAACCCGAAACGAUGGAAAACAUACGUUACAAACCAAACAUAACAUAGACAAUGAAAUCUUGUUGGUGAUAGUAUUGAUAAAUGCUGCUAUGAGUUGAAUUGAUUGACCGAAAGCAAAGAGAAAAUAAACAAGAAAAUGAAGAAACUUAAUAAGCAUAUAUAUAAACCAGAUGAAAACAAAACAACAUUCAAACAAAGCAAACAUAAUUGUUCUUUUAACACUGAAAAUCAAGAAACUGAUAGAAGCUGAAGGAAAAACAUAAUGCUAAAGAAAAGUAACAAACCAUUCGAAUCACGAACAAAAGGAUAAAUAAAACUUCAAAUCUAAAACAAACAGAGAGAUAAAAGAAAGUGAAAACAACACGAAAAAAAACACUACAAAUGUACAUAUCCUCUCUAUGCAAAAAAAACACAAAAUUUACGAUCUUUAUACGUGAGUAUGCAAAACCAAACCAAACUACUCCGAUCAGCAGCUUUGUACAUAGAAUAAAUACAAAUAUAUACAUAUACAUAUAUAUAUUAUAUACAUA